UUUGGCUUUUUAAAAACGUCUUGAAGCGGGCGGAGCUAAGAGACGAAGCCUGUGAUUACAACAGCGCCGUGAACGCCAUCUGUUCCGCUCUGCUUCCGUGCAAUCCGACUCCAGUUAACUGCAGCCAAUCAGAGGAGGCGAUGACUGCUACGUCAUCACGUUCAAGAACUCCCUGCCGUCAGCAGCGUUGUAACGGUCGAUCAAAUUUAUUUUUAUUUUUUAUUUUUUUUUCACAGUAAAACGCUGAUUGAGUAACUUUUAUCUUCGUCCCCAGCCCACAGAGCCGAGCUAACCCGAGUUGAGGCGGAAGUAGGCGGGUGCUGUAACCAGGGGAAGCCGCCCGCUGCUCUGCCAUUGGUCUUAACUGUCUCUGCAUUAUGGUUUAAAUGUCCGAGACCAAACAGAGCUGCGUAUGAGACAACGUCGUAGAUAGUUGUUGGUACUUAUAAUAACGCAACGUUUUUGCAAUGUAGUAGAUAUAACAUAUAUCAUAGACCUGUUAUACGUGUGUAACAACGCUAGUUUUUCAGCGUUGUGGUCUGUUGUGGGAUUUCAGUUGAAAGGGAAAGAGUUGUCCAAAGGUUGACAAGAUGGUGACCAAGAGGAUCCGCUCGGAGUACAUGAAGAAAUUCAAAGACCCCAAAUGGGAGACUUACACAAAGUGUUACGAGGAAAUGCUUAAGUACAGGCUGACCCGCAGGCUGCUGGAACACACACACAACCCCUGGUUCUGGGCUGGCUCCGACACCGAUUCUGACUCUGGAGGGAGAAGCCCCCCUCCUCCCACUAAGAACCAGGUACGAUGUGAGACCAGCAGAGACAGGACAGAGGCUGAGCUGGAGGAGUGUGAGGGGGCGAGGAUGGACAGAAACGCAGGGCCUGUACCCAGGCUUCCCCUUCAAGAGGAGGAGGAGAAUGUGUCUGCUCGACAGUCUGCAGUCCAUGGCUCACAGCUUGAAGGUGCUGGAGAGACAAGAGGACCAGAGGAGGAGAGAGAGGAGCAGAGAGCCAGCAGCAGAGGCAGUAAACAGCUGUCAGUCCCUCACAGGGAACAAAACAGAGAGAGAGACACUGGUGAACCACAGCAGAGUAAACCUAAGAAAUCCUCAAAACAAACCUGGCGCUCUCGGCGGGUUAGACCUGCGCCAACACAGCAGCCCAGGGAGGAUGUUAAGGACAGCAGACAUCCGUUCGCUCUGUAUGGUUCAGGAGAGAAGGACGCAGACAUCGCAGGCAGGAAGACGCACAACGUUGGCCCUGCAGCUUCCACUAAUGAGAUCCACGAGUCAGCUCUCCGUGCUAAGAUGAGGCGGGAGGUGGAGCGUCAGAUCCAGACCCAGAAGACCGAGCGCCGGAGAGCCAAGUCUGCCGACUUGGACAAGGCCAGGAAGGUGGUUCCACCAGAAUUCAAUCCCUGGCUCACUGAGUACAUGCGCUGCUUCUCUGCUCGCUCCCGUUAGGACACACACACACACUCAGCAGAAAUACUUACAUCAGGGUGAUUCCAGACAAAACCACAAAAAUAAAGCCAUUAUAGCCCUGAAGUUUAAACACCCAUAGAUGGGGGUGGAUUGAUUCAUACAAAGGCUGCUGAAUGUGUAUCACUCUCACAUUCAUGAUGUAAACUGACAAAACCUUGAAAUUCACUGUGUGGCUUAAUAUUUUUUAUAUAAAUCAAUUGAAUAUAUACAUUAAUCAACAUUUUACAGGUUAGAGGUGACUCUCGAAAGAAAUUGUUUGAAAGUAAAAGCGCAAAUAAUGGAUAGGUCUACCAUAUACAGAUAUUUUGAUGAGAAUAAAGAGUCUAAAAUACAUUUUACAGCCAUAUUUUGAUGUAGUACCUUUAAACACAGCUAUAUAAUGUGUCCGUAUUUGUCAUACAGGGAUAUGAAAGCACAGUUGACUCACACAGGGGUAAUGAAGACAUGGCAGCAUGUCUGAAUCAUUUGUGUUCUUAAAAACGCUGAGAUCAAAUGUGAGACCACAGAUACACAAACCCAAACACACACAAUCAAAUAGUUUGUUUUACAAAACAUUGUUUUAACAACAGCAAGCUGACAGUACGACGUAUUGAUUGACAUUCAGAAAUAUGACAGUGGACUGGUUCUUAUAGAUUUGGGUUAUGUUUCACUUUAUGGAUUGAUCUUAACGGACUUGGCUUAGCUAAUAAAUAGUGAAUCACUGUACUUAAAAUCACAGUUGUGUGAUGUUGCAUUUUCUCAUGAGCCCAUUGACACUUUAACAUGCUAUUGACUUAAUGUUUAGCAACAACAAGUGUUUUUGUUAUUUGGUUGUGUUAAUGUGCGUUUGUAACAAUCAACCCGGUGCUAUCGUAGUAUGAAAAUAGAUGCGAGUGACAUUUGAAGCCAUUGGAUGUGUUUCUUUUAUACAGUCACUGGUUAUUUUCAAAGCAUACCAAUGUAAGGUUUAUUGUUGAGACCACAUUUCUUUAUCAUUAUUGUUACUGAAUAUGCUUUAGAACCAAAAGUGGAACCGUAACAACACUGGACAUGAAGCAGAUUACCUUAAGUCAGAAACUCACGGGUACAUAUCGCUGCUUUACUGCUUAAAGCAACACGUGCUCUAAAGCACGACCAAAUCAGACAGCACUUUGAUAAUCCCUCACCUUUUUAUUUUUACAGAAUACCUUGCUAACUAUUUAGGUUUUCAUGUAAUUUGUUCAUCUUUUAAAUCUGUGUAUAUUUGUUUGAACGUUUAUGUGAAUGUACUGAACAUCAGAUAAUGUUUUCACUCAGCGUAACACAGCCUUUGUGUGAUGGGUCUGGGCUCUUCAUCAUCAAAACCAUCUUGGUUUCAUUGUGUCAGCAAUCACGAUAAAAUCAGCUCUGUGCCAUAACGACAAAUUUUUUUUCCUUUGCAAUUAUAGAUAUAGUUGUUAUUGAUGUAAAUAUUGUGCAGAAAAAAAGGGAUGGGAGGAUUGGAGGUCUGUGCUUUAUAUGUGGACAUUUUUAUAAAUCUUCAUGUUUUGUUGUUGCAACUCUGAGUUCAGACGGUAUUACAUUCCUCACUUUUAAAAAGAUUUAGUUUUCCAGUGUUUUUAAUAAUAUAAUAUACUGCAAGAUAGUUCAACAACAGAUGUGAUGUUUUGUGCAAUAUUAUUAUUAUUUAAAUCAUUGCAUUUGA